AACACGAUGAAAAAACCAAAAAAGAAAUGAUUAGUGAUAUCGAGUUUGAUUUAAAAAAGAAAGAAGUUUCAGAGGAAAGAUUAAAUCAGAGGUUAGGAGUUAGCGAUUGGCGGGAAGAAAUUAGAAAAUGUUCAGAUAGCACUCAUGCCAUACACAGAAGGUCGGAUUUAUGGGAUGUAAUUCGUAAUUUGCAGUAUGAAUAUACUUGUGCCAAUUGCGGAGUAAAAAAAGAAGCGUAUACUGCUUAUUGCUUUGGCAACAAAAAAUGCUGUUCCUGA